AUUAUAGUGUUAUAUAAGGUUUGAACGCGUCUGGUUGAGAGAGUUGACGCGAUAUCGAUUAAGUGUGAGCUGGUCGGUUGUGUUCGUUUGUUGGUGAUUCGACGAGGAGGCAAGGUGUCUAGAUGCUAGGCCUAGGAUCUUGACAAAUCUCAGAACUAAGUGAUAGGAUUAUAAUUGUCACUGUUUGAUAAAUUCGUUUGAAGAAUACGGGAAUAAUGUCGGAUCUUCCGAAUUCACCAGAAGAUCCUGAAUUAAGGAAAAUCAUUGAUAAGUUAGCCAAUUUUGUGGCUAGAAAUGGACCGGAGUUUGAAAAUAUGACCAAGCAAAAACAGGCAAAUAAUCCCAAGUUUAAUUUCCUAUUCGGUGGCGAAUAUUUCAACUAUUAUCAGUAUAAAGUAUCUACUGAAUCCCAGAUUAUUAGACAGCAAAACCAAAAGCUUGCCCAGCAGCAGGCUAUACUACAGGAUGUCAUAACAAAGCAUGCUAUACAAACAGCACCAUGGCAACAGCAGCAGCAACAACAACAACAACAGCAGCAUCCACCCCAACAGUUUCAACAGCACCCAAUGAUGUCACAACGCCAUCCGGGUCCAAUGCAUCCACCGCAUCCACAGCAGGGAGGCAUGCAACAGCCACCGCCUCAUAUGCAGCAGGGCUUACCACAAAUGCCCUUACCCCCUAUGCAAAUGCAGUCUCAUCAGCAACAUAUGCAGAUGCAGGAGCAGCAACAGAAACAGCAGCAGAUGAUGCAGCAGCAACAACAGGCAGAGCAGCAGAAGUACCAACAGGCUGAGCAACAGAAGUUCCAACAGGCAGAGCAGCAGAAGUACCAACAGGCAGAGCAGCAGAAGUACCAACAGGCUGAGCAACAGAAGUUCCAACAAAUGCAACAGCAGCAACAAUUGCAACAGACGUUGGCACAGCAUCAGGCUAUCCAGAAAUCUGAAGCGUCAGCAGUUCAGGCAGAAUCUUCUGGACCAUCGGAUAAACAAAUCCAAGAUGAGAUCCGUGAAAGUCAAUCAAACCUCCACGAACAGCAAAAACACUUGAUGCUUCAACAGCAGGAGCAAAUUGAUGCUUUGGUGAUUGAAAACAGACAGGUGCUGAUCAAUCAAAAAGCCGAGGAGCUUGGGAUUGAUGCGACAGACUUCCACAACAAGACCCAAGUGAUCAUUGAUUCAUGCACUAAAGAUGCAAUUGCUGUUGGCAAGCAGCUUAUAUUUUCUACAGCGAAAAGUGAAAAGCAUUGUGAAUUCAUUGGCUUGUUUUUACUGCAUCGGAUUGUCCCUAAGAAUGUUCCAUUCCAAGCCAAGUUGCAUCUGAUAUAUCUCAUUAAUGAUGUCAUCCAUCACUGCACAAGACGAGGAGCUUCAGACCUGCAGAGAGCAAUCCAAGGUGUUGUCGUACCAAUAUUCUGCAGUGCUUUACUCUGCAUUGAUCAGAUGGAUGAGGACAAAAGAGACAGGGUUGAAAAAGUUCUUAAGCUAUGGGAGACCAAUAACUAUUUUGACAGUGACACAAUUGAGCAACUUAAAAACCCAAUUGUCUCCAUGAAUAAUUUUCAGGCAAAUGUGAUGCAGGAGAACCAACAGGGUAUUCAACAGUUGCAACAGACGAUGGAAACCAGGAUACAACAGCUGCAGAAACAGCACAUGACCUUUGUCAAUCACCUUAAGCAACAACUAGAAAUCAACAAACAGCAACAGCAGCAAAAGAUGCAGGCUGAACAAAUGCAGAUUGCACAAGCUAUAGGUAUCAAUCUACCUACAACAAUGGUGAGUAACGUUACAGGAUCGUCAAACACCGUGACCUCACAAGGUCAACAGCAACCUCAAGAUAGUCAAGCAGGUGGUCAUCCUGGUCCUGGCAUGCCGUCCUAUGAUCCUUCAAUACCACCACCUGGAUUUCAUGUUGCACCUCCUCAACAAUUCCAACCCAAUCAAGGAAUGCCAGCUCCACCCCCUAGUCAUCCUCCACCUCCAUUUAACCCUCACGUACCGCCUCCUAACUUCAGCCUUCCGCCACCAGGCUUUGGUGCUGAGAUGUCUGGGCAGGCUCCUUACCCGUCUGUAGCUCCGCAGCCCAACUUACCACAUAGUGAUGCAAGCUUGAUGCCGACUGCCCCAUAUUAUGAUCUGCCUGCCGGCCUGAUGGCACCUCUUGUCAGGCUUGAAGAUACGAACUAUGAGCCAUUGGACCCAGAUCAGAUAAGACUUCCCCCUCCUCAACCACCAUCAGAGAGGCUUCUGGCAGCUGUUGAAAUGUUCUAUGCACCUCCAUCAAGGGAAUGCCCUAGGAACAUUGAUGGUUGGGAAGCAAAUGGUCUUUUUGAGUUCUUCAAAGCAAAGCAGAAACAUUCAAAGAUAAGAAAAGAAACUGAGGAACAGGAAGUGAAAACAAAGAGAUAUAAAUCCAAAUCGCCAUCACCAAGGAGACGGUCAAGGUCACAGACACCUCCCAGACGAAGACUACCCUCACAUUCACCGUCACCCCCGUAUCAGCGGCGUUCUGUCUCACCGCCUUACAAAAGACGCUCUGCAUCACCACCAUACCAGAGAGCCUCUGUCUCGCCUCCUUAUCAAAAGCGUUCAGUCUCCAGAUCUCCGCCUCCACCUCACAGGAGAAAAGCACGCUCACGUUCACCUGCGUACAGAAGACGAUCGCAUUCGGCAUCGCCUCCACAUCAACGUGUAGCAAGGUCAAGGUCAAGAACACCGCCGAGGAGGAGAAGGUCGAGAUCGCCAUCCCCAGAUGCUGGAUUCUCUUUCUACCAAGCAACCAGUGCUGAUUCAAUGUUAGGACAAGAAAAUAAAGGACAUCAGCUACUUAAGAAAAUGGGUUGGGGAGGUCAAGGUCUUGGUGCUAGAGAGCAAGGAAUUGUCGAUCCCAUUUCUGGUGGAGAGGUUCGAGAGAAAAUGGACAUGUACAAAGGCGUGGGAAAUUCUAUCAACGAUCCCUUUGAAAGUUUCCGAAAGAAUAAAAGCCAUUCGUUUAUCAGUCGAAUGAAAGCAAGAGAUGAGGAAAAGAAAGCAACGAAGCGUGAAAUCGCAGAAUCAAGUAAGUGAGAGGGUAGUGAUUCUGGCUGUGAACAUUCCUGAAACAACUUGAAACUGUAGAUUACUACAAAGGAAGGCAAACCCAUUGGCUUACUCAAGGCAACUGAAAGAUAAAGGGCGCAUUGUGUCCAAUAAAACAGUACAAAGGAUUUAAUAGAAUUCAAUAGAAUUCGUUUUGAUUAAUAUAUACUGUACUCGCAAUGGCGUAUCUAGGAUUCUUGAUGGUGGGGGCAGGGGCUUGAUGAUUAGGUGAGGUGGUGUAGAGCCCAUAAAUGUAAAAAUUUACCACAAAUGUAAAAGUAAACACAAAUGUCAAAACAUUGUACCCACAAAUGUCAAAAUAACCGCAAAUAUCACAUAGUUACCAACCUGAGAGAUUUUAAAUGUGUGACUACACCAGUUAAGUGGGGGUGGGGGCAUCAGGUGUCGGCUGGUUUCAGUCACAUCAACGGUUUGUUGUGACAAUGAAACACAAAAGACCGCACUCGACUAGGUUCUAUUAAGUGCUUGGUUGGCAGGGAUUUUUCCUGCUGAAUGAUUUUCGAACGAGAUAACGAAACCUCUCUCCAAAGCUACUGCAUGACCUUCUUUGUAUAUUUAAUAAAACCAAUUUCUUCUAAUUUUAAAUACAGUUUCCCCUGAAUUUGUUAUCACGCAUAGACUUGUGCUUAAUGUGUUUCUGCAAAAUGCGUGUUUCAUCCAAAAUCACUUAGAAAUGCGGGACCGUCCCGCAUGAUGCAAGGCGGUUGGUAAUAAUGAUGUCAUAACAUGUCAACCACAAAUGUCAAAACUCGCCCAACAGUGUAAAAAGCUGUUUAACCACAAAUGUAAAAACAUUUCACCUACAAAUGUAAAAAUUCUUUCUAAGAUAAGUUAUCAGAUGUAUGGGUACGGUGUAUGUGUGUGCGUGAGGUUUUCCUAAGCAUUAAAAUCUUUUAAAUUGUUGAAAGACCCUAAUGAACUGCUUAUAGUAGAGCAGCGAAGAGCCUAGUUGCUUCAUAGAGGCAAUAUUGGUGUCAAAUUGUUCUGAAAAUACAUGUACUGUAUCUAUAUCUAUGCAGCAUUUUGUCCGAAAGUGAUCGCAAAUGAUAUAUCUGACCUUUGACCAUAGAUAAUGAGCAUAAUUAUACAUAUCUCCAUAUAUCAGAUACAUAGGCUGUGCUCUAAUUUAUAAUAUGUUCUAGCAUAUUAUAAAUAUUUAAAUUAAUUAUGAAAAAUAUUUAAUAUGGCGACCAUUAACAGACCUGGAAUCUUUAUGAAUCAUUAACUGUACACUGUAUCCUUCUUAUUUAAUUAAAGAUCAUGCUGACUACUAUAACGAUGUAACAAUAUCUGCAUAUAUGCCUGACAUAGGAAAAUGAACACAAUCAAUUCACUACACCUCAUUCAAUAUUGAUCGUUUCAGACUGAAGCAACAUACUCAUUGAAUUGUAAAUAAUUAUUGAGAACCUUCCAGUCAUCGUAGGAUUUUGCUUAAAUAUUUAAAAGCACUAUAAAAAAAAAACAAUUUCAUCGUCAUAAGUGCCUACUGUAAUAUACUGGGAAACAAACAGCUGCAUAUUUUUCGUUUAGUAAUAUUCAGACCUAGACGUUAAAAAGCCACGAUCAAUCAAUAUUUUCAUUGUAAUAAAACUAUAUAAUUAUAGUGUUCUGCAAAUUCUCUUAUAUUUUUUUCCGGGUUAAUAAUUCAUUUCAAGGUAAAUGUAGUUGUUUACCAUACCAUCAAGAUUGGGUCUACCAACUUAAAUGUCAACUUAACUUUGCACCCGACUGGACUGCCCAUCCGUACGCCUCUGCCAAUUUUUCAAUAAUACGUGUGGCACGUCGAAAGCAAUGUCAAAUUCAAAUAGUAUGUUGUUUUUCGUGUAUUUUUCAUAGGCCAUAUGGCGGCGGGACCACUGGACAUUUGGCGGACCACCCACGGACCCUUAGCGCUUGACUGACCGCCAUUAAUUUUCAGUGUACCGAUGGAUCACAGGUUUUGUAACACUGAUCUGGGUAGUUUCCAAGAUUAGGCUAGGGGUGACGGUUAGCCCUCAGAGGUUCUGCAUUAUCAUUUUGUUGUGUCAUUUUUUCGUAUUUUUGUUUUUUACGCACAAACGCAUUUCGUGCAUUACAUUUUUUGGACAAAAUUUUGCAAAAUUUAAACAUGUAUAUUCCGAACAAUUUGAGACCAAAAGUAAGUCUACAGCUUUCCGUUGCCAAAAUACUUUAAAUGAAUUUAUUCUAAAAGUAGGUGGCCAUUUUUAAUUCAAAGAAGCGGCCAUAGUAGGCGUCAGAAACUUGACACACAAUUUUUGUUUUAAUCUACACAUCAGAUAUUUUGUGCGUAGCUUCAUGCUUUGGUAAAUAUAAUGCACAGCUAGGUCCCUUAGUUGCUCUACUAUAAGCAGUCAGUUAGGGUCUUUCAAUGUAAGAUUUUAAUGCUUAGGAAAACCUCAUGCACAGACACAUACCCAUACAUCUGAUAACUUACAGUAUCUUAGAAUGAAUUUUUACAUUUGCGGUUGACAUGUAAUGACACUUGAAGUAAAAAUGGAAAAUGUUUUUACAUUUGUGGUAUAAACAGAUUUUUAAACUUUUACUUUUGUGGUGAAUUUUUACAUUUGUGGGCUCUACAACGGGAUCAAUGAUUAAGUGAGGGGGCGCAAGGGCGCAAUUUUGUUUUUGGUUAGGCAUGCGCCUCCCGCAAAACUUUUAGAUACUGUAUACAGUGCUUGCAUACCCCAUAUUUGAAUGGUCAUGCAUAUUAUGUUUUAUAACAAGAGAACCAACUAAUUUUUGCCGAAAAAAUAUUGAGUUUUAUUGAGCUUUAAUAUCUGUACAGUCAGCUUGGAGGUAACAUUUUCCCCCACAUAGUACAUUGGAUUGUCGUACCAAAUACAAAUAGUUUUUAUACUUCAGAAAAACUGAUUACUGUAUACCAAUCGUUUGUGCACUAAAGCUUAUAAUUAAAAAAGUAUAAUUAUGUUGAUAGAAAAUCAGUUAACAUUAGCAAGUAAUCCAAUUGAUUUUAUCACAAUAAUUGGAUAUCAAAUUGUUGUAAUAAAUAAACCUCCUUUGUAAA